CGCCAACCGCCCAAUUACCGAACCAAACCCUACCGGUCGCGGCUCCUCCAUAGUCCAUACUCUCGCGCGCCUAAACCCUAGCCAUCCUCCUCGCCGCCGGCGACCGCCGCCAUGAGCCGCUACGACGGCCGCGCUGCGGACGCGGGCUCCUACCGCGACCGCCGCAGCGAGGGGGCGUUCGGAGGCGGGUCGAGGGCGUUCUCGGCGCCGAGCAAGGCGGACGCUUCCGCGGCGGCCUCGGAGCUAGAUGGGCUGCCGCGCUUCGAGAAGAACUUCUACGUGGAGUCACCCGCGGUGGCCGGCAUGACGGAGGAAGAGGUGGAGGCGUACCGCCGCCGCCGGGAGAUCACCGUCGACGGCCGCGACGUGCCCAAGCCGGUGCGUGAGUUCCGUGAUGUGGGCUUCCCAGAAUAUGUGUUGCAAGAGAUCACAAAAGCUGGUUUUGUGGAACCUACCCCUAUCCAAUCGCAAGGUUGGCCGAUGGCAUUGAGAGGCCGCGACCUUAUUGGCAUUGCAGAGACAGGAUCAGGGAAAACUCUUGCUUACCUUUUACCUGCCAUUGUUCAUGUGAAUGCGCAGCCUAUUCUUUCCCCUGGCGAUGGUCCAAUUGUCUUGGUGUUAGCUCCUACACGUGAACUUGCUGUUCAGAUACAGCAAGAAGCAACCAAGUUUGGUGCAUCAUCAAAGAUAAAAAGUACUUGCAUAUAUGGUGGUGUGCCAAAAGGUCCACAAGUUCGUGAUCUUCAAAAAGGUGUUGAAAUUGUUAUAGCUACACCAGGACGACUAAUUGAUAUGAUUGAAUCACAUCAUACAAACUUGCGAAGGGUCACAUAUCUUGUUUUAGAUGAAGCAGACCGGAUGCUAGACAUGGGAUUUGAACCUCAGAUUAAGAAAAUUGUUUCUCAGAUUCGUCCAGAUCGCCAAACACUUUACUGGAGUGCUACCUGGCCGAAGGAAGUUGAGCAGCUAGCAAGGAAUUUCCUUUUUGACCCAUACAAGGUCACUAUUGGUUCUGAAGACUUGAAGGCUAAUCAUGCCAUUGUUCAGCAUGUAGAGAUAUUAUCUGAGAGUCAGAAGUAUAACAAGCUGGUUAAUCUACUGGAGGAUAUAAUGGAUGGUAGCCGAAUUUUAAUAUUUAUGGACACCAAGAAGGGAUGCGAUCAGACUACUAGACAGCUUCGAAUGGAUGGUUGGCCUGCUUUGUCUAUCCAUGGUGACAAGAGCCAAGCAGAACGGGAUUGGGUCCUUUCUGAAUUUAAGUCAGGGAAAAGUCCUAUUAUGACGGCCACUGAUGUUGCUGCUCGAGGCCUAGAUGUCAAGGAUGUGAAGUAUGUCAUUAACUAUGACUUUCCGGGGUCACUCGAGGAUUAUGUUCAUCGUAUAGGUCGAACUGGCAGAGCAGGUGCAAAAGGAACAGCGUACACCUUUUUCACUGCAGCUAAUGCCAGAUUUGCCAAGGAACUUAUUAAUAUUCUGGAAGAAGCUGGACAAAAGGUCAGCUCUGAAUUAGCUGCUAUGGGUCGUGGUGCACCUCCUCCAUCUUCAGGUUACCGUGAUAGAUAUAGGGGGUAUGGGGGUGGCCGAUCGUGGAGUUGACGUUCAAAUGCUUAGUUGCUGCUAAGAGCAAUGCUUUACGUUUGUUUGUUGAUGGAUAUGUUGUUUUGGCGCACUGAUAAGAGCAAUGCUUUACAUUUUGGCUAGUAUUCGGUAAUGAUGGAUUCACAUACUCUUGGAU